GGCGCGCGGAGGGCUGAAAUGUUGCGCGUUCAAGGGAGGAAAAAAAUAUCGGAGUCUGCGCAGUCCAGUUGUUCUCGACUCUCCGAACUUUCGGGAGACCCACGGAGGAAGGAGGGGAGGAAGAGAAAAACGCCAUUUUUCCUGAGAGGUGUCUUUUGGUGGAUCAGGAACAGACGUGGCUGGAAGGCAGUGAAAUCUACCAAACUGAGUCGCAAAAAGGCCAGCAGAAGAGGAGGAAGAGGAGCAGGAGGGGGGGAGGAGUGUACGAGGUGUAGCUAUGUCGGCCGUGUGGCGUGAGGAAGAUGAGGAGUAUAAGGUGGGAGGAGCGAAAGGAGGGUUGAGAUCCAAACCUCGGUUCUCCUUCACUGAGGUCAAAGUCCUGCUGGAGGCGGUGAAGAAGAACAGAUACAUCCUCCUCAGGAAGUUUAACCAGGGCGUGUCGGCUGAAACCAAGAAACAGACCUGGACUGAAAUCACCAAUCAGAUCAACGGGAUGGGAGAGAACCACAGAGAGGUGCGUCAGAUCAUGAAGAAAUGGGCUGACCUGAAAUGUGAUGGGAAGCGACGCGCCUUGGCCCUCCGGAACCCGAAUGGGAACAACCUGAGGAAAAAGAACCUGGGCCCCAUAGAGAGGAUGGUCCACAAGAUCCUCAUCAUGAGUCCCAGAGGAGGCGGCGACAGUGAUCUGGAGGACGAUGAAGAUUUUACAAAGCUUUACAGUAAAGACCCGACCCCCAACUCCACCUACUCCUACCUCGGCCUGACGGACAGCUCCCACUCUCUGCCUGGGGGAGCUUCCUUCGACAUGUCUCCCCUCUCCUCCCCAGAGAAGGAUCUGGAUGGACCCCCUUUCCACAUGUCCUCCGAAUUGGACCUGGCUGACGAUGGAGAAUGUGCCUUGGAAUACGAAGAAAACGACGACUCUAUGCUCUCCUCCUACCCCUCCUCUCAGCCCCCGCCCUCGGUCUCCCCCACCUCGCUGGACCCCCUGCCCGACAACGCCCUGCUGAGGGUGAAGCCUGUACACACAUACUCCCGGAGCAGCCAGAACAACAACAGCACCUCUCAGAACAACACCUCCCCCAAACCUCUCCUGCCUGGACCCUCUUUCUCCGGAGCCUCCACCUCCUCAGUUAUCCCUUCGGUGUCCGGAUCAGGAACCGCCUCCUCCGCUGCUGUGCCCACCCCGUCGCAGUCACCCAUAAGCUCCAAUAGGUCCACCUCCCUCCCUGCUCCUUCCUUCUCAUUCAUCCUCCCUGCUCCUUCUUCAUCAUUCAUCCUCCCUGCUCCUUCAUCAUUCAUCCUCCCUGCUCCUUCCUCCUCAUUCGCCCUCCCUCCACCUUCCUCCUCAUUCGCCCUCCCUCCCCUUUCCUCCUCAUUCUCCCUCCCUCCCCCACCAUCCUCUACAGCCAAUGUCUCCAACCCUGCGCCCUAUAUCGCUCCACCUCCCGCCUCCUCUGUUGCUUCUAUCGCCCCCUCCUCUUCUAGCUCACGUCCAACUCCUCCCUCCUCUUCCAUCCUACCGCCAAACUCCUCCUCCACCUCCACCGCUAAUCGUGACCCUCUCCCGGCCGGAGGGCCCCCCCGCAGGACUCAUGAGGCCGUGGCCCAGAUGGCCUCUCAGGGCCUGCAGCAGCAGCGGGCCAGCAGGAUGCUCCUGAGCUCCGUCUCCCAGUCCCUGGAGGUGCUGGCACAGUCGGUGCAGCUGCUGGUGGAGAGCCAGCAGGAGUUUGUGCAGGACUCCCUGCAGCUGCAGCGGGAGACGGUGGACAUCCUGAGGGACUUCUCCAACACGGCGCUCACCAUGCUGAGAGACAAACCCACGAACCACCCUCCUGCCGCACGCUUCUGAAACAGAUGUUACAAAGUACAUGGUGCAGAUGUUCGGAGGAUUGUCUUCUGAGUCCAUCCUGUCAGGACUCUGCUCGCUGCUACGGCUGCUGAAAACGGGACAAAUGUUUGCCAAAAGGCACAAACAUGCAGUUUAAGGUCUCAGGCCGAUCUUUAUGUGCCUGAAUCUUCUCUGGUUUUUCGUUUGUUUUCCACCCUUUAAUCCUCUUUUUUUAAAGGUGGCAUUUAGAACGGACUGGAUUCAACCCGUUCAGUGCACUGGGACACUCGGUUUUACUGAAUGAGGGGAGAUGAACAGAGCAGGAAUGUGUCAGCAGAAUAGAUGAGUGCUAACCCUUGUUGUGUCUCAAUUUGGAAACUCCUCUUAGGACAAUGUGAAAACUUUGGACUGUGUAAUGUCUCAAAUUGCACAACACUGUUCUCCCCUCACCCGAAGUUAUGAUCCCCGCUGUUUAUCAGCUAGCAAAUAUCGUCUGGGGUAACAAAACAAAUGAGUUAAAUAGUGAAAAAAACACAUGUAUAACUUUUAUUUACAAAGUGCUGUGUUAACCGGAGCAAACCAAGUAGCCAGGAUUUGUGAAAAGUGUCCAGUGUUCUGACCGUAAUGAGCGCUCAGUCAGGAUACAUAGAACACAAAUUGAGACGCAGCUCCUGCCUCCCCCCCGCCCAACAUCUUAAGGUGUCACACGACUUCAUGGCUGAUCUUAACCACAUCCUGUUUGUGAUGCAACAACUUCUGAAUAAUAAUAAAAGCAUUUUAACAGUU